GAGCUUGGCUGAGACACCGCAACCGCACACUCCCAUCUCUGCACCUGAUAUGCAGCGAAGUAUCGCAUGUCCGUCAAUGAUCGCAGCGUGCCUUGAGACAAGCGUCAAAUCAUGAAUCUAUUUAUUCAUCUCCAAGCAUAAGCAAAGCAUUCCAGUUAUAACAGCCCAUCGAAUCCUCUGUCGUCGGGGUCGAGGAAUCAAGCUGGCGUGCUCCAAUCCGCGAAGGACUUUGGCAAAGACGGGAGUUCAACAAAGAUGGCCUCGAAAUUCUUGAGAGAGUAUAAGCUUGUUGUUGUUGGUGGAGGAGGAGUCGGGAAAUCGUGCUUGACGAUCCAGUUGAUACAGAGCCACUUCGUGGAUGAGUAUGAUCCCACAAUCGAAGACACGUACCGUAAGCAAUGUGUGAUUGACGAAGAAGUCGCGUUACUGGAUGUCCUCGACACGGCAGGCCAGGAAGAGUAUGCAGCCAUGCGAGAGCAAUAUAUGCGAACUGGGGAAGGCUUUCUGCUAGUUUACAGCAUUACGGAUCGACAGAGUUUCGAGGAGAUCUUAACGUUCGAACAGCAGAUUUUGUCAGUCAAAGAUAAGGAUUACUUCCCGAUUAUUGUAGUUGGUAAUAAGUGUGAUUUGGAAGGCGAGAGAGUAGUGUCGAGGCAAGAGGGCGAAGCACGGGCUCAUUCCUUUGGCUGCAAAUUCAUCGAGACAUCCGCAAAGUGCCGCAUCAACGUCGACAACGCCUUCUACGACAUGGUUCGCGAGAUCAGACGCUUCAAUAAGGAGUUAUCACGAAUCAUACUGGACACGCGUUUGGGUUAUCCAAGAAAUAGCAGUGAACGCAAACGCCAAAGUUCUCUGCGGAGAGUUCGAGAUUCCUUGGGAUGA